GCCGUACCAGGGCAUUUGGGGGCAGCAACCAGCUACCAUAGGUGUGGUCGUGUAAGGGACUGUCGUUCCUUUUGGAGCCCUUACCUGGAGUUCAGUCAUGCCCUCGUUUUCAAAAGUUUUAAUGGCCCAAAAGUUCAUCAUCAAACGGAUUGAUGUAAGUAAGCCGGUUUCAGCUUCCGUCUCAGUCAAAUAUCGAACUGGGCUAGGUUCAAGACUAGUUAUCAACUUACGAAAAUUUAAAGAUGAGCACUGGCUGUAUUUGUAUGACGCAAUAAAAAAAUUGUGAUUAAAGUUGCUCGAGGUUAAUAAACACUGGUUUUACAUAGACUCGUUAUAACUCUUUGAAGCAAGUCGGUCUACUCCGACUAACCACGAGUUUGACGCGGGUCCUUACAUAAGGAAAUUUUGCGUAAGGACCGAGAAGCCUGAUGGUUGGAGCAUGCUAACUAGUUGAAAAAGGCAUCUGAUAACUACCAAAAGCUCUUCUAACUCGACCGAACCACUGGCAGCAAGAAAUGUGGUGUAAGGGAAAUGACAUAUGAAGCUGAUAGGAUAUCAAUCAAUAGCAUCCACUGAUGUCUUAGGGAAAGACUUAGUUCUUCGAGGAACAGUUCGGGUUGUCUGCUGUCUUGGCGACAUCGGUCAGACCGUUCUGUCCUCAGUCGCCUGUGACGACUGAUUCUUCGAGCGAUUCGGAAGUCCUCAUAGGACUCUAAUUUCUGAAGAACCAUAAAUCACUAAACCCGGAGGAUUUACUUUCAGGUCUUUUUGAGGAUGGUCGAGAGAACCUCUAGUCAGGAAACUGAUUGGAUUGUUUGGAAGAAUGUUUCAACAUCCUAGAAUUAAGCGACAGUCUUCCCUACCUUUAAAAUCGUUCACGUCAUCUGCGCAAUAACUAUUGGACGAUAAGUCUAGUUCCAAUUUGGUUCAAAUUAUUGAUAGAUUGUUCAGAACCCUUGAAUGAUUGAUUCAAGGGAAACAAGCUGGUUUUCGUUCUGGUUGAAGAAGUGUUGAUCACAUUUCAAUCCUCUGCUAAAUGCCACAUCACCAUCAUACUUAUUGAAGGCGAAGCAUCGUUGUUUUCCUCGAUAUCAGGAUCUCCUUUUAUUCAUUGAACAGGACUGUCCUCUGUGGUUGUUGAAAAAAGGUGUGCUUGAGAAGUUCAUUACCAUAUUGAAGAGUUUAUAUAGAAACACCUCAGUCAGUGUGAGGGCAUAAAACCACCCCCUACCUAAUUCCAUUCGAGUAGUUGGAUUAGACAGAGUUUCCCAAGCUCACUAUUCAUGUUCAACUUUGCCUAAAGUGACAUUCUGGAAACAGCUUUGACAGAAGUAUGCAGUAGCGAUGGGUAUCUAUUACCUGAAGGAAACCUUCCAUGUUGAGUAUGCGGAUGAUGUAGUCUUACUGUGCGAGGAUACCCAUGCCAUGCAAUUCGAAUUUGGUUGGAAAAGUGUCCGUAGGUAUGGUACGUGCCCCACACCUAAGUGCAAAGCACAUCUACAGGACUAACAGGAACCUUUACCUGCACUCACUCUUGGUAGUGGGCGGCAAGACGUAGUCGAGAAGUCCGUAUAUUUGGGUAGCUGUUUAAGUUCAGGUGAUGAUAUUAAUUUACGCAUAAUCAAGUACAGAGUGGAUUAUCUGAAACUCGGGCAUCUUUUGCGCGUUCGUGAUGUUGGUCUUGUUGUGGAAGGUCGGGUCUACAACGCGUUCUGCUGUAUGGUUAUAAAACCAGGCUUCCGAGUUGAGGAUUUUAAGUGACUAUCGUUGUCUCGAAAGAUUUCUGACAUUCAUUGGUAACACCAUGUUAGGAAUUCAGAGGUUCGGGGAUGUGUGUUCGAUUGCAGUUGGAUUGUCACCGUCUUGAAACACCGAAUUCUGUGGCUUGGAUAUGCACUAUGAAUGUCGUCUCAGUGAAUCCCAUGUUGUUCAUUAUUUGCCAAUGCUUAGACUUGUUGGAAAGAGCAGAGAUGUGGUCGGUGUAUGACAUGGUGUCGUGGUAUGAAAGAAUGCUGUACAGGACUAUCGUGUUGUUCCAAACCGAUACCGUUAAAGAGGCCACUUAAUAACUAUUUCGUCGUAUUUUCGGGUUUUCUGAUCAUGUAUGCUAUCAACUGAAGCUAGGAAUCAUCAGCCAUCAGAAUUCAUCUCAUUCUCUCAAAUCUUUUGAAAUCGAGUUUGUUUAAAAAUCUGAAAUCAGAAUUAAACGUAUACUUAUAAAUUUUGACGAAACAUCAAAAUAAUUGACUUUGCAAAGCAACCAUCUUUUAGUAACAGUAAAUCUUGUGUUAAUGAAACUUUCAGGUACACUGACGUUAGUACCUUUAGAACCAAUAAAUGUUUUCGCUCUCAGUCGAAUACGACUAAUCUCAUUUUGUUAACCUUUUUGCACUGUAAAUGACCAACAUUUAGUUAAUUAGUUUCAGUUCAUGGUUUAACUUCACUUCGAAAUUUCGUACACAGUAUUCUUCAAUUCAUUCCACUAAAGACUUAGCAAUAGAAUCAUUCAUAAUUAAACAAAUAUAUUUUCCACUAAGAGAAGCAUCAGGUUAUCACAGGGAAUCAGUUUAUUUGGAUUGAAUAUUGCCUACCUAACAAGUAAAGCUGGUUCAUUUGUCUUGUCAGGUUUUUCGUGAAUAUGUUUAUAUGAAUCAGUAGUCGGAGCCUUUAGCUGAUCCUGCUUUCAUAUUGUCACCAAGAUAUUGGAAUAAAGGUUUCUUCUAUUUCAAAACUUAAUCUGGUCAAGUACUGGUUGUAAGUCAGCCAUAUGUAUCAUUUUUGUUGUUGUCAGGAUCUGUUAGAAACUUUAAUGCAUGUUUAUUUCACUUUUUUAAGGACUAUGGGAUCUAAUGAGGAAUAUCCUUCUCCAUCAGGGAAUCUACCACUCCAGUUUUCGGUUAAACGGAUUUCCAAAGCUCGUAAAUCUGGUUCCGGAGACCACCAAAAAUGCAGUCCGCUUAGAAAAAAUCAUGUUGACGAUCCAAACGGCAUUAUCGUCGCUCCUCCCAUUGAUAGUCGAGAACUUGAUCGCCUUAAAUUCACUAACCCAGGUAGACAGAUGGAAGAACUAGAAGUCGGUUGGUCCGAAGCAAAUAUGACACGAAGUGUUCGCAGACAAAUGAGCGUUAAAUCUAGUUAUAAAUCAUCAGAUCGGUUGCAUCCGUUAUAUGAUUCUCGUGGCCGCCUUUUAGGAACUUUGGACUAUAGUUGCGAUUGUCUAAAAUCUGAAUGUCCUGGGUGUCAUUUACCAUGUCGUCGGUGCCAUUCUACGUUUUGUGGAGCAUCAUGUCGAAUUUAUCGAACUUAUCGUGUUAAUGAAGUUAAACUGUUUAUCUGA